AUGUCGACAUCAGUAUUUGAAGAAGGUGAAUAUUUGACUUGUCCAUUUGAUUCGACACAUCAAGUACUUUCGGGUAAUUUUAAACAUCACAUUAAUCGAUGUUCACAAAAUCAUCCAAAUGUAAAAAAAAUUAAAUGUCUUUUUAACAGUACACAUAAAAUAGCACCAAAUAAAUAUUAUGAUCAUUUAUGUGAAUAUUUAAAAAUAAAAAUAAUGCCUCUUUAUUGUGAUCCUGAUGAUUAUUGGCUUUGUCCAUAUGAUCUUAAUCAUAAGGUAUUAGCAAAACGUUUUCAAUAUCAUAUCAUGCGAUGUGCAAAAGCUAAUCCACAUAUUCGUCGUGUUAAAUGUUCGUUCAAUGCAACACAUUUAACAACACCAAGUGAAUUAUUUAAGCAUAUGUCAACUUGUCCAGAUAAUCAAACUGUUCAUGAUGCUAUUGCUCGAGGCAUGAGUGAUUUUAAUUGGGAAGAUCAUUCAUCUGAUACUAAUGAACGACAAAUGGCUGUUGUUAUGAAUGGUGAAGAUUGGGAUCGAGAAGCACAUACAGGACAAAUUUUUAAUGAUGAUGAAUUACGACAACUUAAUGGACAAAAUGAGAUGUGGUCAAAUUCAAUAACACCGGCUAUACCAAGUGCAACAAUUCCAUCUCGUCCUCAAUCAUCUUAUCUGGAUCGUGAUGGUGCAUUAUCAUCACGACCAGUUACGGAAUCACCAAAACAAAUAUCACAAACAAUAGCUUCAUAUGAACCGAAACGAACUAGUGCUUAUACUGUCGGCGGACUAAUGAGUCAAUCAAAUAGUGUAGCGGAUGCUAGUCUUGAUUCUCAAUUUGAAAAUAUUCGUCGAAAUAUGUUAGCCACUGGAGUUGGUCGCGGCCGAUUACCAACAACACCACAUCCGCCUCCAUUUAGUAGUCGUUCAGUUUCAUAUAUGUCUAAUUUAGUAAAUGAAUUACAAAAAUAUUUGGAUGAAUUCAAUGACGCUAUAUUUGCCAUGAAUAGUUCAUCAUUAUGUAGUCUGUUGAGUAUUCGACAUAAUGUUCAUAUUGAAAAAUUUUCUUCAUCAAAUUCAUGUGAUUUAUUUGAAAAAUAUGGUCGUGUUGUACAAGGUUGGAAUGUUAUAUUAACAAAUCAUAUUAAAAUAUGUCAAACAUCAUUGUAUAAAAAUUAUUUAAAUGAUAUUGUACAAUAUCAAUAUUCGCUUUGUCGUUCAUUACUUGAUCUUGUUAAAGAAAGUAAAAAUAAAAAUUGGCAUAUACCAAUUCUUAUUCUUACAUUAACUGAACUUCGUCUUCUAACAAAUUAUUUUACAAUAAAUAUAGCAACUAAUAUUAAUGGACGUACAAGUCCACCGACGCAACGUAUUGCUGAUUUAUCAAUUAAUAAUGAUCGACAAAUAUUAGAAACACAUGUAAAUAAAACAGUUGAAUUACUUACAGAAGCAUUUCGUGUAUGUACUAGCGAUCGUUGUACCGAACAACGUUUAUCAAAAAAGUGGGGAGCUAUACAAAUACUUAAUCAAUUACUUAAAUUAUGUCAUAGAAUAAAACGUUAUGAACUUGGUGAACAAUUACUUUCGUUUGCUGAACAAUCAUUAGAAUAUAGACAUUAUUUAUUAGAAGAUCAAAAAAUGACAUAUGAUUACUUUUUAGGUUAG